GAGUGUGCUGUUUGCAUUCAGCAGGAAGGAAGCCAGGGCAGAGGUGAGCUGGCAGCUUCACCGGCAGCAACUGCUCAGCACGAAGAUGCAGAGAAACGUGGCUGCUCAACUCAGAGCCACAUUAACGAGGGGACCUCAGAGAGCUGCCUGGAAACCCAUCUGCUGCCCCUGCUUCCAGGUGCACAAAACCUGGCUGCAGCACACUGCGAGCAUCUUGCUGACUCAUGCAGGCAGGAAUCUUGGCCUCUUAACCUGAGAAUAAGGACACAGCAAUGACAAAUCGCUGCCACAGAGGAGUGUGAGUGAGGAGAAGCACAGCCAAGGUAGCUUUGCAGACAAGGCUUACGAGUGGAGCUCCGAGGAGGAGGAGUCUGUGAGGAAGGCAGGACCGGUGCAAGUCCUCAUUGUCAAGGAUGACCAUUCUUUUGAACUGGAUGAAGCUGCACUCAACCGCAUCCUCCUCUCGGAGGCUGUCAGAGACAAAGAGGUUGUGGCUGUGUCAGUUGCUGGAGCUUUUAGAAAAGGAAAGUCCUUCCUGAUGGACUUCAUGCUGCGGUACAUGUACAACAAGGAAGCAGUGGACUGGGUUGGAGAUUACAACGAGCCUCUGACUGGUUUCUCCUGGAGGGGAGGAUCUGAGCGGGAGACGACCGGCAUCCAGAUAUGGAGUGAGGUUUUCCUGGUGGACAAGCCUGAUGGUAAAAAGGUUGCAGUGCUGCUGAUGGACACACAGGGGACCUUCGACAGUCAGUCCACCCUGCGGGAUUCAGCCACUGUGUUUGCCCUGAGCACAAUGAUCAGCUCAAUACAGGUUUAUAACUUGUCGCAGAAUGUGCAGGAGGAUGAUCUGCAGCACCUGCAGCUGUUCACCGAGUACGGCCGGCUGGCCAUGGAGGAAACCUUCCUGAAGCCCUUCCAGUCCCUGAUAUUCCUGGUGCGUGACUGGAGUUUCCCCUAUGAGUUUUCCUAUGGGUCCGACGGCGGCGCGAGGUUCCUGGAGAAGCGCCUGAAGGUCUCGGGGAAUCAGCACGAAGAGCUGCAGAAUGUCAGAAAGCACAUCCAUUCCUGCUUCACCAAAAUCUCCUGCUUCCUUUUACCUCACCCCGGCCUGAAGGUAGCCACCAACCCCAAUUUCGACGGAAAGCUGAAAGAAAUAGACGAUGAGUUCAUCAAGAACUUGAAGAUUUUAAUUCCAUGGCUUCUUAGUCCCGAGAGCCUGGAUGUUAAGGAGAUCAAUGGAAACCACAUCACCUGCCGAGGCCUUGUGGAGUAUUUUAAGGCAUACAUCAAGAUCUACCAGGGGGAAGAGCUGCCGCACCCAAAGUCGAUGCUGCAGGCCACGGCAGAAGCCAACAAUUUAGCAGCAGUUGCCACUGCCAAAGACACCUACAGCAGGAGAAUGGAAGAGGUCUGUGGUGGGGACAAACCCUUCCUUGCACCCAGUGACCUGCAGACCAAACACGUGGAGCUGAAGGACGAAGCCGUGAGGCUGUUCCGUGGGGUGAAGAAGAUGGGCGGGGAGGAGUUCAGCCGCCGCUACCUCCAGCAGCUGGAGAACGAGAUCGAUGAGCUCUACAUCCAGUACAUCAAGCACAACGACAGCAAGAACAUCUUCCAUGCCGCCCGCACCCCCGCCACGCUCUUCGUCGUCAUCUUCAUCACUUACGUCAUCGCCGGAGUGACCGGCUUCAUUGGCUUGGACAUCAUAGCCAGUCUGUGCAACAUGAUCAUGGGCUUGACACUUAUCACACUGUGUACCUGGGCGUACAUCAGAUACUCUGGGGAGUACAGAGAACUGGGCGCAGUAAUAGACCAAGUGGCGGCGGCGUUGUGGGACCAGGGGAGCACAAAUGAGGCUUUGUACAAGCUGUACAGCGCGGCAGCGACCCACAGACAUUUGUACCACCACGCCUUCCCCGCACAGAAAGCGGAGCCUGCCGAGGGCCCGGACAGGAAGAAGAUGUGACACAGCUGUGAGCCACGGGCAGCCUCGUCGGUGCAUGAACGCGACGCGGCCGCCAUCGGUUCAGCCCUUCAUUGCUCACCCAUCACGAGCUGCCGUGCAGGACCAAACACGGGGCUCAGCGCCCAGCCGGGCUCUGUCCAUGCAGCAGUGGCUGGGAAGGCUGGGGCACGUCUUGUGUUCUGUUCUGUGUACAUAGCGGUGCUGCUGCCCACACAAAGUGCUUUUGAUUUGCAAUAUCCAGCGUACUUCCCAGCUCGUUUACAAAGCCUUAUUUCUCCCUUUUUAAUUAAUCAUUAAGGGAAUUAUAAUUUGCGUGGCACUGCAACUAAAGACCUUCCAAAUCUUAGCGUUAUUCCAAACCAUCUUCUGUCCAGAUACUUGAACAGGUUGUAACACGUAACCACGGUUUUUCUUCAAUUACAGCAGCGUAAUUAGAAAUGUAUUAACUUGCUCUGUCAGCAGCUGUAAGGACACUUAUGCUAUGGUAUGUUAACGAUAUUGUAAGGAAAGCGUACUUUUCCAUUCGUAACUGAUGCCCACGGUCUCACUUUGUACGAGUAUCGGAGAAAGUCUCACUGUAUUUCUGUAUAUAUAUCCGUUAUAGUGCAUAGGAAUGUGUUCUUUUAUUGUCAGAACUAUUAAAGUUUGCUUUUUGUUCCUAA